UCCUCUGCCAGCUGUGUUGUUUGCGGCCACUUGAAUCAAGUAUGCAGUUGAUGGCUGCAAGUCUGUUAGGGUAUAAUCUGCACCCAUUAGACCUGUCCGACACUGCUUUGGUAUUUCCACCGUCUUUUUUCCUAUAUCGUAUUUCAUAUCCUGUUAUAUUCCCAUUCUGAUGGGCACAGUCAACAGGCUGCCAACUGAUGGUGAUGGUGAAGAGUGUCUGGUUUACUGCCACUAUGUCUUGUGGUGGGGCAGAUGGUGCUGCAGGUGUACCUGCUGGCUGAGUCUGAUUAGAAAAACUCUGUGUUUUGCUUCC